AUGUCUUCCAACCGCACCCUCAUGAACUGGAACGCGGGUUUGCAUGAAGACAUCCUUAUUGCAUACCAGGAGACCAUGAAACCGAACCCUGCGCAGUUGGCUGCCAUCGUGGCCCCUCUCCACGAGGUGGGCUACUCCUUCAGGCUAUAUCAUGGAAUGUUCACCCGUAUCCUCGUGGAUGAAGCGGGCCUCCGUGCACACAUUAUCAAUCAGCACCCGGUGACGCAGGUGCAGGUAGAGGGACAGCAGCAGCAGCCUGCCAUCAGAUACGCGUGCUCUUCGCUCGUCUGCACCAAUACCUCAAGGCGAAGCGGCGCGCCGAGCGUGAUGUCCGAUGGCACCGCUUCCUAG